AUGAAUCUGGGUUUACAAGACAAACCCAAGCCCAUGAAUCCGGACACUUGGUUUGUGACCCAUCUGAAUCGAGGUGGGUCUACCCUGUUGGUGUUACAACUUUUGUUUGUAAUAGAAAAAAAAUUAAAAUAAAUUUGUAAUUUUUACUUGACAUCGGAUUCCAGGCUUCCGGUUACUUGGUGGUUUGAUCUCAAACAGUCCCAUCUUCUGGCUGAGUAUCUCAACUUUCGUUACAUUAAUCUGUUCUGCCAGUAUUCUCUUCACUCCCCUUACCAAUGACGUCAGCGAUUUCACACCGAUUGGGGCCAGGGCGAGGAAAGAACUACAGGUUCGCCGUUUAGUGGCUACUUCUUUUAAACAAGGUUUGAAUAUCAAAGUUCUGUUGUUUUAGGUGUACAAAGACUUCUUCUCGAAUGCUGGUGAUCCUGUAACUUUAUUUAUUUUCGUCACCGCCAAGAAUGAAGGGAAUAUGUUGGGAGUUCAUGAGUUGGAAGAGGCUGUAAAGGUAACAACCUUGCGUAAUUUUAUUUACGUUAAUUUAAGGUGUUAAAUGUAAUCUCGGACAAGAUUACUUUGAAAAAUCCAAUCACAAACAAAAACCUUACUUUUAAUCAAUUCUGCAACAAUUUCUGCACGAUCAACGAGCCAGUCAGACAUUUCUAUGCAAGUUAAAUUACGACUAUUUUCAAUAUGUUUUUUAGAACGGACUUUUGGUCGAUACUCAGUUCGGAAAUGAAUCCGAGCAUAUUGAUCUAAGUUACCCAGUUACCACUGUUUUGGGAAGGAAAUUAUACAUGGAUCCUAAUUUUUUUGGAGUCAAAGUACGUACUUCCUUUCAUUAGAUUACCUUUUCCUCAUCCUUACCAGUAAUUAUUCGUUGCGCAAUUCCAGAUCGCCACGAAAAUCGGGAAUCAAACAAAAAUAAUGUCCGUGAAUGAACUCAGAUCUGCGACGGGACGGUCUUUGAUUGACAAAGAAAAAGUAACUCAUAAUGUGUUGUAAACUGAAGCCAUAUUAUUAUUUUAGAUUCAUGUCAAAAAUAACAUGAGAGAAAUCAAGCUGGUCGGACUGCAGUUUCGAGCCGAAUUCUCCAAAAAUUACAGUAUCAAAGCAGUGAGGAAGUGGGAAAAUGACGUCAUCAAAUACGCAAGAAAGUAAGGAAUCCAACUUUUUUUUAAAAUUGAGAGUUAAUUCUCCAUCAAAUGCGAUUAUUUCAGCUUCCAAAGUGAUUACGUUGACGUUCUGGCGAUGAGUGAGAGUUUCCUGACCGACGAAGUUGUCCGAUCUGGCCUUUCCUUGGUCCCAUUUUUGGCCAUCGGCUUCUCUAUCAUGUCGGUUUUCUCCGUUAUCACAAUGAGUUCGGCUGCAAUCUAUAUGAGGCAAAUGAGUAUUCAGAAAGUGAGAGACUGAAAAGAUUACUGUUUUAUCCAUAAAAGCAAAACUAAUUAUUCCUCAGGUAAUCUUGGCCGUGAUGGGAUGCGUUUGUCCGUUUAUGGCCUGCGGCACAGCCCUCGGACUGAUGUUCUGGACCGGCUUCAGAUUCGGCUCCAUACUCUGCGUGACUCCUUUUUUGGUGCUGGCCAUCGGAGUUGAUGAUGCCUAUUUGAUGGUAAAUUCUUGGCAAAGAAUUAGGCAUAGAAUGAGGAAAGAGCACAAUAAAGUGGACCUAAGAGAACUCCUUGUCCAAGUGAUGGAGGAUACCGGGGCCUCGAUUACCAUCACUACUCUAACCAAUGUUCUCGCUUUCCUGAUCGGUGCCAUGACUCCAACUCCGGAGAUCCAGUUGUUCUCGAUCGGGAAUGCUCUGGCCAUCGUCAUCGAUUAUAUUUACCAGGUAAAUUUCAUAUCAAUUUUACAAUCAGUUGAGUUUAUUAAUUUAAUAGUAAUUCCAACAUUUUAGUGGACGAUUUUUGGAUCAGUGAUGGUAAUGACUGGUAGAUUUGAGAACAACGACGAGAAAGCGCUGGCUCCAAUUAAUGAAAACGAAUUCCAAGAGAAAUUCCGGACAAUGAUCAAACAGCUCUUCAGCAAGUAAGUUCAUGCCCUCCGGCUCUUAAUCAUUUCCCAGAUUCCUCGAUAUUUACUGUAAAAUCCUGACAAACACUGUCGCCGUAUCCGCAGUGAUAGCCAUUCUCGCGGGCUACAUGUACAUCUCGUUGUAUGGGGUCUUCCAAAUCAAAGCCGAAUUGAAGCCGGAGCAAUUGUUCAUCGCGGAUUCGGAUAUCAUCAAAGUAAUGCCAAGAGCAAUAUUUUAUUCUCCUUUUUUUUAGAUUUUAGAGCUCCGUAACAAAUAUAUAUCUCCAUUCUACACGAUCUGCAUCGUGUUUGUGAAUAACCCCGGGAACUUCACGGAUCCCAGUAAUAUCCAGCGAUUGUCUCAAAUGGUGGCGGACUUUGAGAAUCUCCCUUCGUCCCUGGGGCCAUUUUCCACAAAAUUCUUCCUCAGGGAUUACGAGGAAUUCAUAGAAUCGUCGGAAGAGACUGUCAAGGACUUGUCCGAAGAAUUGGCGGACCUGGAAGAGCUGGUCAAACAAAAUUCGGGACAAGAAAAUGAAUUGAAACAGUUCCUGGAAUGGCCGGAAUUCCAAUUUUGGAAGGGAUUUGUGAGAUUGGAGCAGAUUACGGAUAAGGAUAAUAAGUAAGGGCGUCAGAAACCAAUCUUGAAUCGAUUAUUUGUACUUUUAUUUUAAAUUUUUUACUUCGCGGGGAAAUAUUUUCUUUGUGGGACAAAAUUAAACCUGCGAAUUUUUCGAUUUUCGAUUUUUUUGACAUUUUGCUUUCUGUAAUUAUGGUUUUUAUCGUUUUAGCAAACGAACAAACUUGACGAGGUUUUUCUUCACCACAGCAUCGCAUGGAAACGAGCUCAGAGAUUGGUCCAAUAGGGCCAAAUUACUGGAGGAAUGGAGAAAAGUUGGAGAUUCAGUAAGUUAAACUUUUUUACAAUAUAUUUUUAGUAUCCCGAAUAUGAUCUAAGUAUAUACGAAGAUGACGCCAAAUUCUUGGACCUCAUCCCCACCAUGAUUCCCCAGACACUACAAUCUUCUUUAUGCACCUUGAUCUGUAUGGUGUUAGUGUGUUUGCUGUUUAUUCGACAGCCAACGGCAGUUCUCGUUGCCAAUUUCUCUAUCUUUAGUACUUGUGUUGGUGCGUUUGCUUGGAUUUUUGACUUAUUCAACCAUUUAUAUAUGGUGGUACAUACGAGUGUUUUAGGUGUCUUCGGAAUCCUCUCGUUGUGGGGCGUUGAUCUCGAUCCCAUCGUGAUGAGUGCAGCCAUCAUGUCGAUUGGAUUUUCGGUCGAUAUCCCUGCCCACAUCUCCUAUCAUUACUACAAAACAGGUAAUUUCGUGGUUUUAUGGCGUUGUUUUAUGAUAUUUUUGGGGACAAUAGUCAUGACCAUUGAGUUGUUAAUAUUACUUGUGGAACUUGUCUGGAAUAAUGAACGAGAUCCAUUCAUUACAAAGGAAAACACGAGAAAUGAGGGGUGAUUCAUCUUGGAGGUCAUUCAGCCUUUCGUAAAUAAACAAAAAGAAUCAAAAAAACUACUAAAAGUUGGUGCAAACUAUGUACAAUAAAUUUUUACAGGAAUCGAUGGCAAAAAGACGAAAGUAGAAGACCGGCUAAAAGAAUGUCUAAAACACAUUGGAUUCCCGGUCUUGGAAGCCGGGAUCUCGACCAUAAUCUGUGUGAUGAGUCUGACUUUGGUCGAGCUGCACAUGGCCAGAGUUUUCGCCAAGACAAUGGUCUUGGUGGUGGGAAUUGGACUCGUCCAUGGCUUGCUGGUGAUUCCUUCCAUGUUCUACCUCAUCUCACUGAUCCCAUUCCCUCAGUCCAGACUGAAUCCAGUGCAAUCAGUCAAGCUCAACGAAGGCAUUUCCAUUUCCCAGCUAUCUUAA